AUGAGCAACUUUAGUAAUAAAAAAGGUUUAGAAAUAAUUCUUAUUUAGUAGGUAAAUAAACAAGAGCAUAAAUCAAGAAGUAAGCAGUAGCUCCUGCAAUGUUGAAGAAAAUGAAACUGAUUUAAAAAGGGAAAGGUAGAUAUGUGUUAGAAGUGGACGAUACUUUUCUCAAUUAACUUUAAUAAGCAUAGCAAUUUUUAGCAGAAUUAAAUGAUACUAUUCAUGGUUAAGUAGAAAUAAGUUAAGGGAUGGGUUAAGAAUCAAAUCCUUAAAUUGAAUAAUAGGAAGAUGAUGGAUCCUCUUCUGGAUCAGAAGAUAAAAGUGGAGCUUAAAUGUCUCAAUAGCCACAAGAAUAAUAAUCUUAAUAACCAAAUGAGGUAAAGGAAACAUAGGAUUUUUAUAGGUAAUUAUUUUAUAAAUUAUAUAAGACGUAUACCUCAUUUUUUUAUGGGGAGAUUUAAGAAAUGGGCAAAAAUUUUAAAAGAAGAUGAUGUAAGUUAAUUUUUACAUCAAUUAAAGUCAAAUAAAAAAUCAAAAUAGGGAAGAUAUGAAUUGGGAGAUUUUCAUAAGUAAGAAAUAUAAUGUAAUAAAGGUGUUUUCAAAUUGACAAGAAUGAUAGUAAUGAAUAAUAGAAGCAGAAGAAAAAAAUAAAAGAAUUAUUUCUUGAAUUUUUAUAAAAUGAAGCAGUUCUCUAAAUUAUACAAUAUAAUAAGAUAACAAAUUAAGAUUAGAAGGUAAGAAAUGAAUUUAUACCUAGAUUAAAUACAUAGAUGUAAUUCCAAAUAUGGUUUAAGAAAUGUACAGUGAUAAACCAUUUGAUUAAUUUUUGGCUUAACAGAACAUAGAGAAAUAGAUAAACAAAAAGAAACAAUUAUUAAAUGAGACUUAAGAAGUGAGACAAUAGUAAUCCCAGAUAUAGAUGCAACAAUUACCAUAAUAAAAGUAAGAUCCUUCUUUUGAGGAGCCAUUGAUGAAAUUUGGAAGAGAAAUGUCAUUUUAAGGCUGAUAAUGAUGAC